AUUUAUUACGGCGCCGCCGAAGGGACCAAGGAAAUCUUCUCUUUCUCACAUCUCUCGAGAUCUUGAUCAAGCCUGCCACCCUGCUUCGUUUGCUCUUGACCACUUCUACCGAAUCGACAUCUACAGCGGGUCGACGUAUCCCGUCCCCCCAUCUCGCGUGUGUUUCUGCCGCUUUUCAACCUGCACCCCUUGCCGCUACGAAUGAUCGCCAUCGGCUGCAGCCUCACCAACGCCUCGUUGGUCCCUCGCCAAUAACAUUUGCCUGUUCCUUCUUCUCGAAAAGAAGAGCUGCAAUUCCCCCUGGUCAUCGAGAAGAGAUGCCCUCCGACGUCGUCUACACGGACGUGAGCGACGUCUCCAAGGCCUACUCGGUCCUCGGUGGCUUCAUUGUCAUCUACGGCCUCUUUAGCUAUGUGGCCAAGGACCGCCUCUACAUGAGCGAGCCCCUCAUUGCCGUCACCGUCGGCAUCAUUGCGGGCCCCUAUGUCCUGGGCUGGGUCGACCCGCGCUCGUGGGGAAGCUACGACGACACGAACUACGUCACCUACGAGCUUACGCGCCUCGUCGUCGGUGUCCAAGUCCUCUUCACCGGCAUAUCGCUCCCCAUGGCCUACCUCCGCAAGGAGGCUCUUUCGCUCACCGUGCUGCUGCUGCCCAUCAUGACGACGGCAUGGCUCGUGUGUGGCCUCCUCAUCUGGGGCCUGAUCCCCUCCAUCACCUUUCUCGAGGGCCUCUGCAUCGCUGCGGCCAUCACGCCGACGGACCCGGUGCUGGCCAACAGCAUCACAAAGGGCCGCUUUGCCGACAAGUAUGUGCCCGCCAAUCUCAAGAACAUCAUUCUCGCAGAGAGUGGCGCCAACGACGGCCUUGGGUUUCCCUUUCUCUAUCUCGCCCUCUACCUCCUCUACCGCAAUGGCGAAGACGCAGGCACGAGCGCUGGCACCGAGAUCGGGCGCUGGGUAUACGCCGUCGUCAUCUUCAAGAUCCUGCUCUCGUGCGUGUACGGUGCCCUGGUCGGUGUCCUGGCCCACAAGACGCUCAAGUGGGCCGAGACGAGGGGCUACGUCGAUCGCGACAACUUCUUCGCCUAUGGCUUUGGGCUUGCCCUCUUCACCCUUGGCACCACCGGCCUCUUCAACUCCGACGACAUUCUCUCGUGCUUUGUCGCCGGCAACGCCUUUACCUGGAAAGACUGGUACCGCGUCCGCACCCAGGUCGAGGAGGAGGACUCGUUCCAGGACAUUCUCGACUCGCUCCUCAACACGGCCGUCUUCAUCUACAUUGGCGCAAUCAUCCCCUGGGACGCCUACAACUCGGCCGACUCGGCCCUCGGCAUCGCGCCCUGGCGCAUCGUCGUCCUCGGCCUCCUCGUCCUGCUUGUCCGCAGGCUGCCCUGGGUCGUGGCUCUCUCCAGGUUCAUCCCAGCCAUCACCAAUUUCAAGGAGGCGCUCUUUGCCGGCCACUUUGGACCCAUCGGCGUUGGUGCCGUCUUUUACAUCGAAGUCGCCUUGCGCGAGAUUCCCAAUGACGGCAGCAGGGACCGCCUCCGGGCCCUCUACACGCCCGUUGUCCUCUUCAUCGUCUUUUCGAGCGUGCUUGCACACGGCGUCACCAUUCCCAUUGCCAAGCUCGGUCCCAACGUCGUUCGCCGUACGACGUCGCUGUCGGCGCGCCGCACCGUCUCCUUCACUUCGCGGCCCACCUCGUCGCGCGACGUGAGCCCGCCGCAGACGAGCGAAGGCAAGCCUGGCCACCCAGAAGGAGCGCUCGAGCGCGAGGUGUGGAACCCGCUCUGGUCCGCCUGGGUGGGCCUCGGCCAUGUCGUCCUCUUUUGGCGCAAGGACAGCUUCUGGAGAAAGGAGAACAAGCACCAGAUGCUCGUGCGGCAGCGCGGGAGCGUCAUUAGUGCGCCCCAGAAUGCCAAGCGGACCUCAGCCAUUGAGGAGCGGUCUGCUGCGCCGUCGACGCCCUCGCAGCAGCAGCAGCAGCAGCAGCAGCAGCAGCAGCAGCAAGGAGGGGAGGCGCCGUCGACGCCUACGAUGCCGAAACCGGCGCAUGUCCCGAGUACGGCGCAUCACGCAGGAGGAGACGGACCGGGCUCAUGGGGCGCGCAGCUCCAGGACGCGCUCCGGCGCGAGAUGUUGGCCGAGAGAAAGGAGGCGAGGGACGAGGAGCAGAAGCGCGUCAGCAGACUCCUGGCUCAGGCUCCUGGCGCUUCGGGCCGGCCGCUCAACGGCGUCGGCGAUGCGACUGCUGGUGAACAAGACGGAGGGCCCGCCACGCCCGGCGGCUCCAAGGUCCGCUUCGAGUAAUGAAGCGCUUGCUUGCAGGGGAAUCGCGAGAGAGAAGGAGAAGAAGAGAAGAAAAGGAAACGUUUGUGCAACGAAGAGGAAAUGAGUAGUGAUUGGGUUUUAUGCUUGUAUAUACGACCUUGUGGUCCUUGUGCGCAUACAUGCU